GUGCGGUCUAUGCGUGGUCUCAGCACGCCUUCGCUUUCCGUCCCGCUCAAGCCGCUGCACGUUCAAUUUGCUUGCUGAGGAUCAGCUGUGGUUAGAUCAGCUCGGCUCAGGGGCGAGCAUAUACAAAUGUUGCUGCUUGUUAGCCAAUUGAGAACUACCACGAGCAGCAUCAUUACCCCUAUGAUGCCUGCAACACAGUCCAUACUUCCACUCUUAUAGUUAGCUCUAUCUACAUAUCUAGGUACCUUGCUAGAACUCACUCCCCGUACAAUUGCUUUUGAUGGUCCUUAGGGUAUAGGCAGAGGUGUGGGAUCAUGUCGACGGGUGAGGCCGUUCUAAGCACCAACAGGCGGCGAAUCAUGCAGUCGGCCCCGCCUCAGAUGCCAAAAUUUGCUGCAGGUUCUCAACUGUUGCAUUUCAAACAGCCGCCGCCCAACAGCGUCCUAUAGCGCCGCACGGCAGCCUGAAUGCCGCAGCCACAGCCGGAGUCGCAGACGUCAGCACAGCCAAUGCACCACCGCAUCUUCUAUACCCACAACUCAAGUCCACAAAAUACCUCGAAAGAACAUGAAGCCUUACGAGAAGGUCCCGCCUGCCGACCCACGGGCAGUGCACUCGGUGCAACACUUAUGUUCCAAGAUCAAGACUCUCUAUCCCUCCUACGUGACAGACUUCGAGAAGAGAUAUGGGGCAUGGCAGACCACUUGGUACGCUGGUAUAAAUCUGUUCUCAUCCGUCCCCGAUCUCACCGGCCCGCCUGAAUUCCAAGACUUGGCCAAGUUAGGGCCAAAGAGUCUCCCGUUGGUGGUUGAGAAACUCACUCAGCCAGAUGACUUCUUUGCGACGACCCUCUAUAACAAAAUCGAAAAGAACUCAAAGUUCAAAGUAGACCCGAAUAAUACGCUCGACUACUGCAUACUACAACGCCAUGCGAACUUAGUGGUAGACAUGAACUACGACCGUUACAGCGAUGUGGAAGAGGCACUCAGGCAGUUCAAAGCUUCUAUGCAACAAAAGUACUACAACCUCGACACCAACCUGACCGACUGUGCCGAUGACGAUGCAUAUAAACGCCUCACCGAGCUUGGCGAGGGUGCCAUCGCGCACAUUAUGAUGGAGUGGAAGACUAACUCUAACGAGCAGGUAAACCGAAUCUGGGAAAUAUUGAUCAAUGAUAUUGUCCAUGGCCGUCGCCCCGGCGACUUGGAAUCUGGGCUAGGCCGCUGGGAGGACUGGAAUGAUUGGUUCGAGAACAAGGACUACGACGACGCGCCUUGAUUACCAGGGCAGUUUUUUGUUGUGUGCGCCGAAGAAUGUGCAGGGAAAUGGCCGGGAAGCUAAAGUUUUGGGAGAAGGAGAGUAGGAGAUGCUGGACUUUUAACUGAAUAUGGGGUAUGUCGGGCACUGCACAUCCAGCCCACCGUGACACCUCAACUGAUGCACGGAUGGGCACAUACUGGCGUUUCCAUGUGUAUAACUUCUUGAAGCCAACAGAUGCUGCCGUUAUGGCACAGUGGAUGAGAGAACACAAACUGUGUAAGCAUUUCGCUCGACUAGAUGUCAUGUUUUGGGCUCAGAGUUUUAACACCUGGGCAUCAAUGAUCGGAGAACCUUCUCAGCCUACAAAAGCUCUUGGGAGACGAAAAUAACUGUACCAUGUCAGUGCAAAGCUCGUGCUUUGUCUUGUGCGACAAGCGGGAG